AUGCUGCCGGCUCUCCUCCGCCCGGGGCGGCUGCUGUCCUUGCCGCCGCUCCGCCCGCCCGCGCCGCGGGGAGCCGCCGGGGAUCCCGCCCGGAGCCCGGGCACCACCCGCGCUGAGCAGGCUCACAGGGUGGUUGCAAGUUACAAACCUUCGAAUUUUGACAAAAAGAUCCUCCUGUGGACUGGACGUUUCAAGACAGAAGAAGAGAUUCCUCUGAGGAUCCCGCCAGAGAUGCUAGACAAGGCAAGAAACAAAGCUCGAGUGAAAGCCUGUUACAUCAUGAUUGGGCUCUCAAUUAUUGCCUGUUUUGCAGUGAUUGCCUCAGCUAAGAAGGCUGCUGCACGUCAUGAGUCCUUAACAAGCUUAAACUUGGCAAAGAAGGCCAAGUGGCGGCAGGAGGCUGCAUUGGCUGCGGAGGCGAAGACAAAAUAACUUCAUCUGAAAUGCUGAAUGCCCUCAGAAGAGCAAAAGUAGCUGCUGCUGAGAGCAAUUAGUGAGUUUCACCCCUAAAUGGACAACCGCAGUAUGCACACCCUGAAGCCAGUAAGGGUAGCUACAGCAUCACAAAAACAAAAGGAAAGUCUUUUUCAUUAGGAAGAUAUUCAGGAUACUUGUCGCAUAUAAUUAAAACUAUUUAGAAUGUUUUGCAUAUGAUUAAAAGCAGUAAUUAGUUUUAAAGGAGGUGAGGUAGUUUCCUUAGAAUGUCAGUUACCUUUGGUUAGAUAACCACAAAAUAUUUAAACCCAAGGAAGUUUUCUGUCUGGUGAUAGUGGAUAGUUUUUCAGUGCACAAAUUGCCACUUGGAACACAUUGGCAUCAAUACUGUAUUCAAAAUGCUAUUUGCAUUUUUCAGUUUUAAGAAGCAACACUUAUUGAAUCACUAAAUAAAUACAGUAAACAUCUGUAAAAUAGGUUUUAUUGGUUUCUGUAUGGUAUCUGGAGAUUUAACAUUCCAUAAUAUUGCAUACUACUUAUGUGUGUUCUGUUACAGUAAUGGGCCUUUGGCCUGGAUUUAAAGAUGCACUAUUACUAUCUGAAGUUAAUGCAGGUAAUUUAGUUUCCACGCUUUAUAUGAAGGUGUGCCAUAAGUAACUAGCAUUUCAUUCCAGAUUUCAGUGAAAUCUUGAGGUCACAGUUUAAGUCCAUGUAUCAAUUUGCAAACCUAUUACAAAAAUCCUUGGUUGUACAACUUAAUAAAUUUAAACCAACUGAGAA